CAGAUGAGAAAUCAUGUCAGGAAUAGUUAAAAUACCGAAAUUUAAUAUUGUAAAUGCCACUAAAACGCACACUGCUAGUUUAUUAUUCUUUCAUGGUUCAGGAUCUUCUGGGGAUGACGCGAAAGCGUGGAUAGAUCUUUUACUCGGCGAGGAAUUGAAGUUUGCACACAUAAAAAUUGUUUAUCCUACUGCACCUGCUCAACCUUAUACCCCUAAUUAUGGAAUGCCCAGCAAUGUAUGGUUUAAUCGCAAGAGUAUAAGCAUUAAUGUUGGUGAGGAAGUAGAAUCGAUAAAUUCAACGUGUGAAAACAUAGUGGAAUUAAUUGAUGCAGAUGUUUCCAAGGGCAUUCCAUAUGAAAGAAUUGCUGUUGGUGGUUUUUCAAUGGGUGGUGCAUUGUCAAUGUACUUAGCAUAUAGAUACAAACAAUCUUUAGCUGGAUGCAUUGCUAUGUCCAGCUUUCUUAAUAGAAAUUCACUAGUAUACGAGUCAUUAAAAGCAAAUUUAGGAAGGACACCACCCCUCCUACAGUUCCAUGGUACAGCAGAUGAAAUGGUUCCACUUAGAUGGGGAGAAGAAACUUACAACAACCUAAAAGACCUUGGAGUGAAUGGCCAAUUUAGAACAUUAAAUGGUACAGGUCAUGCAUUAAUUGUAUCUGAAAUAAAAUUCUUCAAAAAAUGGAUUUCCGAAAUUUUACCAGAAAAAUAAAGUUUGUAUUUUUGUACAAAGUGACAUAUAAUAUACA